AUUAAGGGUACUUGUCUAGGAAGAGGCUGACUCAUAUUUUCAAGCCCAAAGUAAAAAAGGGUCUGAAUUAUGGCCUAAGGGCAGCUUGAGAUGUAAAACUGGAAGCCCAAGUGGACUACAAUCAUUGGGCCGCGAGUUUCAUUUUUUUUUUUCUCUCUCGAAUCGCUGCUGCUCUUAAAAGGAAGAGGCUAAGCGAUCCUCCGGACAUAGUCUAGCACUGAAAAAUGUGGGGCUCUGGCCUUUCAGUUAAUCUACUCAGAAUAUGUGCGCCUAUCCAAUUCCACUCUCACAAACUGCCGUUUCCACCAUCGCACUCGCGCCUUUACCCACCACCACCCGGUUUCUUCUCAACCCACCAAUCUCCAACAAAAUCACCACCCCAAUUUUCCACUCAACUCCCUCUCCCAGGUUUCUCUUCUCCAAGUUCAGGCCCAGCCCUUUUUGUUCCAACUCUGAUGCCACCUCAUCGGACACAACUGAAGAUGAUGAUAAUGUUUAUUUUGACGACGAAGAUGAUGAUGGUUUUGUUUUGUCAGACGUGCAGACACAAUCGUUGUCUGAAGAUGGUAUAUUCAUCGAGAUAAAAAAGCCUGGAGGGAACUCUCGUAGAAUUCGGUCCAGAAUUGGGAUUGAAGCCAGCCUCGAUACUGUUUGGAACAUUUUGACUGACUAUGAGAGGUUGGCUGACAUUAUUCCGGGUCUUGCUGUCAGCGAAGUUGUCGAAAAGAAAGACAAGUUUGCUCGACUUUAUCAGAUUGGACAGCAAAAGCUGCCAUUGGGUUUGAAAUUUAGUGCCAAAGGAGUUAUAGAUUGUUAUGAGAAAGACCUUGAGAUUUUGCCUCGAGGGAAAAAGCGUGAAAUUCAAUUUAAGAUGGUUGAAGGUGACUUCACACGUUUUGAAGGAUCAUGGUUGAUCGAACAGUUUAAUAAAGGAAAAUGCCAAGGUGAUGAAGCAUUUGUUGGUCAAGAAUUCCAGACAACCCUUUCGUAUUUAUUAGAUGUAAAGCCGAAGAUGUGGUUGCCUGUUCGCCUUGUUGAGGGCAGGCUUUCUAGCGAGAUAAAGACGAACCUUUCUUGUAUUCGUGAAGAAGCAAAGAGAGUGAUAAGUGCUUUGAGCUCUCUUUAACAUUACUUGCUCGGACAGAUUACUCUGCAUGCACGCUACUAAACUAUAAUCUAUUGAAGAUCAAGUUUCAUAAUGGAAGAAUGAUUGACCCCAACCCUUUUUCACCUAUGGCAUACUCAUGCUUUACAGGUUUAAAAAAACUUGUCCGAUAAAGUGCCGAGGAAAAAGGAAAGAAUCGAGUAUGAUGGACACUCUGGUGAAAGGAUGUAAAUUAUUUUCGAAUUUUUUUAUAUUAUUAAUUUUAGUAAAAAUCUAAUGAUGUUACAUGUCUUUUUCAUGGGUUAAAAUUAAAAAUGAUGAUGACAAUGCUGUUGUUGAGCAGAGGAGGCACGUUGGGUUAGUUCCUGUGACAGCGCUUACAGGCUAGAGGGAUAUGUUCGAAGUAAAGGGGGAAGAAAUGAAAUUCUAGGGACACAUCAAAAGUGACUCUAGGGCCAAAACUUUACAAAAAGGUGUUCUCACGAAGUCCAAUACUGUGGGGUUCCGCAAUCUGUGGUGAUUGAACUGUCAGAACCCAAGACCACCGUUGAAAAAAAGAUGGGAUAAAUAAAAUACCUUUGCGGUUUUGCAACAGAUGUAUUUGUGUAUAUAAAUACCGUAGGAUUGGCAUGAAGGGUAAUAAAUUGGAUGUUGAACUUAGAAAAAAGGACACGAAACAACUUGGGUUUGUGGGUCCAACAUGUUUGACCAUUUUUACAUGCAGGUAA